AUGGUGUGUGAGGUCAGCUCACAUAAAAGAGGAGAGAAGGAAGCCUGAGGGAGGAGAGCAGAGGCCAGCCUCAGGCAGCUGCAGCUUAUAUUGGGACCUGUGGUGUUGGGACCAGGGUGACCCUAAGAACGACUCGUGGAUCUUCGCCUUGGCCUUGCUUCUCAGCAGCACCUUCAUCUACAACAGCAUGGGCACCAUCAACCACCAGGCCCUGGAGCAGCUGCGUUACGUCACAGAACUCACUCAGCUGAUCAGGGUAAAGUCCUCCCCAAAUUGUGAGGGAAUAAAGAAUUCCACGGAGUUUGUGAGUUUCUUCCCAGACUUCAUCUGGGCUCUUCAGGAUUUUAUGCUGAAGUUAAAUGGAAAAGACAUCACACAGGAUGAGUACCUGGAGAACGCCCUGGAGCUUAUACCAGGUAAUUGGACUGGAGAAUUCGAUACUACGAUGGAGCAGCUGAGAGUGGCCAUUUUCACGCUUCCUGGGACAGAAGAGCGGGCCCAGAAGGAGGCGGCUGAGAAGAAACAGGAGCUGCUAAGGCAGAAGAAUAAAUACUGGAAGAUCAAGAGAAAAGUCAUAAGGAAAACCUAGAGCAAUUGAGAACGAAGUUGGUGCAGGAGAGAGAGCAGCUCAUCAAAGAUCAGAAAAUGAUGCUGGAGAAGCAGCUGCAGGUGGGAGUCCUCUUGCCCCUGGCAGUCCUCCUACCCAGGCACAGGAGGAAGCUGGCAGCUAGGUCAUGGGAGGAGGCACCACCUCAGUAUGUCAUGGCUAAGGUGUCCCCCUUUCUAGUUCUUUCUGGGUCUUGUCUUUUUCGUGUGGUCUUUGAAUUUCGCUCUUUAUUUAGACUCUGGAGACACCAGGCUUUCUGCUGCCCCUUUAGGGUUUUAAUGACUGUAAUGGUUUGACUUACUGAUUGGGGGUAUUUGAAGAUGAUCAUCGAGGGCUUGCUACACACACUCCCCCACCAGACAGUUUCAUGAUGCCAGCAACUGGUCCGGGCUAUCAAGAUCAGCUCAUCAGGCACCGAGUCCUACCAACCUGGA